CAAACUUGAGACCGUACAGCAUAUAAAACACCACUGUAAGGUGAAAAGCUGUGCAUCUUCCCGCCAUUCUAUCCUCUAAUGUAGUUGUGCAUCCCUCAGUCAGUGCUAGUGCCCUUCUUUAUGUCAUUAGCGUAUACAAUGUUUAAUGUCUACCUCCCCAAGCUGCUCGAAACUGGAUCGAGUGAUGAUACCUCGACAAAGUCUCUAGAAGCUAGCUUGUGGGAUGUUUUAAUAAUUACUAUGGGAGGGUGUCCUGGUGCCAUCCUCGGAGCCUAUACGGUCGAAAGUCCUCUUGGAUUCCAGACUCCUACAAUAUCCGAGCAGCCUCGGCUUCAACUAAUGCCAAGAAAGGUGUUUCGUUCCAAGGUUGAACAUUCAACAUCACCAAUACAUGCUCUUCCACACGACACGGUCAAUUUUCCCGCGGAUCUAAAAAAUGUUUGACUAACAUGCAGCUCGAGGGUGUCACUAGAGCGCUUUCUGCAGAAAUCGAUCCCCAAGCACCUUGCUCUUGAAUUUUUGCAGAUCAGAGGAGACCUCUUGUAUAUUUUUGCAACCUAUGCUGACGAAUUGCUCCACGGUCGAAAGAGGGACGAUAUUAUGUCAAUCCAAUACCUAGAUGCGGAGAAACUUGUUCACCAAAAAUGUCCUCCAGAACGCUUCCCGUCAUACAGAUCAUCGGUGUUCGUUGCGAGGCAGAAGGCCGGGCUAAUUGACUGAUAUGUACGAGUCUUGGGGGGAGGGUGUUGGUUUCAGCUAGCUGCUCUAUGAUCCUG